ACAUUAUGUGUGUGCGUGUUAGAGAAAGGCAGAAAUAUUGAUGUGUGGUAGUAGCAUCCAAGUAUGAAUCUACGUGUAUGUGUACAUAGGUUGAACUUCCAACACGUCAUUUAGCGGCUGCCAAAGCAGUUGCUGCAGCAUCAUCGCCAGAGUGUUCGGUGUAUACCCCUCUACCUUGGGUUGUGCAGCAACGUAGGAGAGGCAUCUUCCCGAGUCUCUUUCUCAGAAACGCGGGCCAGCACUCUGCUCUCUUUCUCUCACGGUUUUCUAUCUCUUUCUGUCUCUUGGGAUUACAUGCUCCGAGAAGAGAGAGCAGAGAGCCCGUCCAUUCCAAGGCCACAACAUUGUCAGUAAAUCGUUGCGAGAGGACCGAGUUCAGCACGACUAGCACAGCUGUAGUUUUUUUUUCCUUUUUAACAACACACUUUCGUACCGUGAGCUGUUGUUGCUGUACUUUCUGACCGAUGGCUGGAGCAAGAACCGCGAACGCGUGAAGAAACGUCGCCGAGUAAACUUAUAAGCAGCAAUAGCCAGCAGUGCAGGGCGCGCGCGCGCUCUGCUCAUGCGGACUGUACUCUCGCCGUGUCGACGACGAGCGGUGUUACACCAUGUACACGAAGGAGAAAGAGCCGAUGCUUGCGAUGCUGGAUCCAAACGUUUUUUCGGACCUAGAGGAGCUGACGCUUUGCAGUUUCUGCAAACAAAAGUACAAUGAUACAGACCAGUGUCCGAAGUACCUCAGCUGCAAGCAUUACUUUUGUCUGCGCUGCAUCGAGACGAACCUAUUGAAGGGCCGCGAGCUCUUCUGCGCUCACUGUUGGAAGAGAACAGAGCUGGGAGACCAGGGACCCGAUGCCUUGCCGACUUACACGUCUCUCCUAACGUUAGCCAAUAAUUUCUCGCACCUCAAAAUUAAUCAGAACAAUGUCGUCGUACCCCCCAAGCCCAACGAUAAAGAGAGAAAGAGCGAGAAUUGCCAUACCCACGGAAUGCCACUCGCGCUCUGGUGCGGGACUUGUUGCACCGCGCUGUGUCGGGCGUGCGCGACGCCGCAGGAGCAUCCCGGACACCAGAUCAAAUCACAGACUGAUGCCAAAGAACAACUCAUGUCAGAUGUUCAAUCAGAAUUAGUGUCAAUGGGUAAGCUGUCGGCGGAGAUCCAGCGGUUGGCGAUACAGCAGCGCGAGUUUCUCAUAAAGGUCCUCGAGGCAUGCGUGACCCUGAAGACCCACGUUGAGACUGACCUGCAGAACGGCUGGAGCCACAUUCCGGAGGUGACGGACGCGCGUGAGACCUUCGGCAAAGCGAAAACCUCCCUCCAAAUGUCCGAUGGCCCAAGCGACAUUUACAGCCUACACACCGAGCUCAUCGUCGAGAAGCAGAGGCUACACACCAAGUACCAAGAAAUGAUGCUGCAGUGCCAGCUCGACGACCUGAUCGGCAACUCUGGCGUCGUAUUCGAUUUCGCGCUGCUCAAACAAGCCGUAGCGGGCAUCCAUUCAGGCGAGCCCAUCGUCGCGCAGCAACCGGGUAACGGUGGCCGGCUGCCCAAUCACCUCGCUGCCUCGCAGAAUCCCAUCCUUUUCCUCGCUAACUAUUGCAUGUCCCAGCUGUACUCGAGGCACGUCGUUAGCAAACAACAGCUCCAGAACGGUUCAAUUGAGUACCACAUGCCGGCCCAGGUGGCCACGGUUCACGUAGCUCCGGCGGCACCGGUUCCGCCGCCCCAGCCCCCUCAGCCACCUCAGCCACAGCAGCAGCCCCAGCAGCAACCUCCGCCGCAGCAGCAGCAAUUGCUGAUUCCUCCGGGCUCUCCCUCCGUCGUGAAGCCGAGCGUGGUAGUUGCGCCGCCGCCAAAUGCCAUACUCCAGCAGAACGCGACGGGCUUUCUGAGCGCAGCCGAGGCCGCGGCCGCGGCAGCAGCGAACGCUGCCGGGAACGCAGGCCUCGUGCAAGUCCAGCAGGCGCCGGCGAACCUGCGUGGCCCCUCUAAUUCGUACCCGUUGUACUACUUCAACAUCGAGGUGAACGGCUCACCACACGGUCGUAUCGUCAUCGAAGUGCGGCCUGACGUUGCGCCCAAGAUGGUGAAGAACUUUAGCAUGCUGGCCACGGGCGAGAUCGGGGUGGGUUACAAGGGCUGCACAAUUUUCCAGUGUUGGGAGGGUGAGAGCGUGAUCACGGGGGACUUUGAGCUGAACAAUGGUCGAGGAGGAAGGAGCAUUUUCGAGGAUGGCUAUUUCAUGCCCGACGAUACCAAGUUUCCCGCAGUGAGGGGUGCCGUAGGCAUGAGACGCACCCAGAAGCGCCACGACAACCUCGGCAUGGUCGGCUCGCAGUUCCGUAUUAUCCUGCAAGAGAUGCGCGGCUUCACUGGUAUUUUCGGCCACGUGGUGGAGGGCCUCGAUCUCGUUGAAAAGAUCUCGACCUUCGGUGAUCAAACCGGCAAACCCACCAAGACCAUCCUCAUCACCAAGUGUGGCAAACUGUAACGAAUGCCCGCAGAUGACGCCUUCUUCUCCCCCAGCGACUAAUGUACGGGGCAAGUCGUUCGUGCUCCAUCUUCUUUUUCACCCCCUCCUGCUACUCUAUUAGCUACGAUAUUUUCCCCUUUUUUUCGUACGGGAAACCACGAUCAAUACACGAUUGCACAUAAACGUUUGUACACGAGGCGAUUUUUUUUUAUGAAGAUGAUUUUUUGCGAUUGCGAUACCGAUAUAACGACUAUGAUGAUGGUGGUGAUGAUGAUGAUGAUGAUGAUAUAGUGAUAUACUGAUGAUAAUGACGAUGACGACGACGACGAAC